AUGACUCUUGUAGCGACAGGAGCAUGCUAUUUCGAUACAAUUUUAACAGUGCCUCAUUACCCCAGUGAAGAUGAGAAGCUUCGGGCUUCAACUAUUGACCGUCGUCGGGGAGGGAAUUGCCCAAACACACUCGAGGUUCUAGGGCAAUUAGUACCACGCGGAUCAUCCAACGACGAGUCAUCUUUGAAUUUGAAUCUAAUCACUGUUCUCCCUUCCAGAUCGUCGGCAGCAUCUAAGCUGAUUAAAAUAGGUCUUGGUGAUCAGGUCCAGUUGGACCACUGUAUUUACCGAGAACAAUUCGACGAGCCAGCGUCCAGCUAUAUCAUCAAGAGCCAAAACACUGGCAGCAGAACAAUUUUCAAUCAUAAUGAGCUGCCGGACAUGACUCUUCAGGAAUUCAUAAUUGCAGUCGAGAAUCUGCGUAAGGUAUCUGGUCAGCCCUGGUUUCACUUUGAGGGUCGUAUGCCAGACGUGACAACUGAAUGCAUUAAAUAUAUCCGCGACCAUUUCCCUGGAGCCCGAAUCAGUGUUGAGGUGGAAAAGCCAGGGCGGCCCGGCUUGCAGGAACUUGCUGGGACAGCAGACGUUGUGUUCUAUUCAAAAGGCUGGGCGCAGAACAAAGGUUAUACUUCCGCCCAGGAAUGUUUGAAACUGCAAUCAUUGAAAGCAUGCCAAGCAUCGUUGCUGUUUUGCACUUGGGGAGAUGCCGGUGCUGCAGCAUUUGAAAAACAGACUGGCGAUAUACUUCAUGUCCCGGCAUAUACUGAGGGAAACAUGCGGAUUGCGGACACUAUCGGAGCUGGAGAUACCUUCAUUGCAGGGAUUUUAUAUGGCCUAAUUUACCGUGGCAAAGAUUGGGACUUUGAAAGAAGGCUUAAGUUUGCAAACUACCUUGCAGGUCUCAAGCUUUAG